UUACAGUUAAUGCUACAAACGUAUCAUUUUAUAUACAAAAUCCAUACGAAAAUGUGCUAAUGAGUUUCAGUAAUUACAAGUGUAGACAUUAAGCAAGUAAAUAUCUUUGAUCACUGUUGUUUGUGUAUGGGCUGCUUGAAUAGUUUACAAAAUCUUUCAAAAAAAUGGUUAGUCUAGAUAUGAAAUGAAAGUGAGAACGCAAAUAUUCAAAACAAAAAGUAAAUAAUUGUGGAUAUGUAAAAUGCGAAUAUGUAUGGCAUCGGAUUUCUUUUAUCCUAGCAUCGGUGGUGUGGAGGAGCACAUUUUUAACUUAUCUCAAAUACUGCUUGAACAUGGACAUAAAGUAAUAGUAUUGACACACUCAUAUGGUGAUUGUAAUGGUAUAAGAUAUUUAAGCAAUGGUCUUAAGGUUUAUUACGUACCCAUCAAAGUGUUCUACAAUCAAUGCGUGCUUCCAACGCUAAUUUGCAAUGCUCCUCUUAUCCGUUCAAUAUUGUUGCGCGAGCGCAUCGAAAUUGUGCAUGGACACUCUGCAUUCAGUACACUGGCACAUGAGACUAUGACAAUAGGAAAGCUGUUGGGAAUGAAGAAUGUUUUUACAGAUCACAGUCUUUUUGGUUUUGCUGAUUUGUCUGCCGUUUUUACUAACAAAAUAUUAGAAUUAGAUCUUUGUAAUGUGAAUCAUUGCAUUUGUGUUUCCCACAUUGGCAAAGAAAACACAGUAUUAAGAGCGCGCGUACCUAAGGAAAAGGUAUCCGUUAUACCCAAUGCCGUUGAUACUGUACUAUUUACACCGGAUCCACACCAAAGACCAAAGGAUGGCACAAUAAAUGUUAUUGUGGCGUCUAGAUUAGUUUAUCGUAAGGGAAUAGAUUUGCUUGCUGGUGUCAUGCCCAAAUUAAAACGCAUACCAAACAUAAACUUUAUAAUUGUUGGUGAUGGCCCCAAGCGUGAUCUCUUGGAAGAAGUUCGCGAAAAGGAAAAUAUGCAAGAUAGAAUAGAAAUAAUUGGUGCAGUGGAACAUUCAAAAGUACGAGAUAUACUUGUAAGAGGGCAAAUAUUUGUUAAUACAUCGUUGACUGAAGCAUACUGUAUGGCAAUUGUGGAAGCUGCAGCAUGUGGAUUGCAAGUGGUGUCAACACGUGUAGGUGGAAUACCAGAAGUUUUACCCUCUAGCUUGAUUAUAUUGACUGAGCCUGAAGUUGACUCAAUUUACGAUGGUAUUAUAACAGCAAUCACUAGAUAUAAGGAAUUUUCUACAAAAAAUAUAUCGGCUUCAAAUAAUUGCAAUAGGAGUUUAAAUAAUGGUCAUAUCGCUAAGCCAAAACGUUAUAAAUCAAAGUUUACUAUAAAACAUAAUGACGUGAAUAGCAAAGUAAAUAUGAAUAAUAGUCUUGGCAUUAAGGAAGCAAUUUUAUGUCCUUUUAAAUGCAACGAAAUUGUUUCUAAACUUUAUAAUUGGGAGAAUGUCACGCAACGUACGGAGAAUGUUUACAACCGAGUUUUAGCUGAGGAUCAAAAAACGCUUGGAGAAAUGCUUUUUGCAUAUUUAAAAAGUGGCGUGUGGCCAUUUCUACUUGCGAUCUCAUUGCUAUAUAUUAUUUUACAAAUUUUAGAGUACUUGCGUCCGAGACGAUUUAUAGAAAAAGCAAAGGAACUGCCAUAUUUGAAAAAGAAUUUAUAGAUCCACUUAAAAUAAAUAUAUAUAUACUUUAUUAUAUAAAUUUUAUAGCAAAUACAUUGUUUUAAUUCUUAAUA